AAUAGUGUGAAGUGGACACUGGACGAGAAAACGAAAGUAGGCCUAGGCCCCGGCCCACAUUUCACAUUAGAUCUAGAUCUAUAUCUAGAUUCUAUCUAGUCUAGUCAGUGUCAGUUUCAAGUUUCGAGUGCGGAGCUUCCGAAAGCCCUUCUCAUACUUUGAGCUUUUUAUUCUCUUGUAUAUCUAGAAUCUACUGCUAUUUUAGAGUGUGUGAAGAUGACUGGUACACUGAAGUUUGUGAACAUUUUGCGCAUCUGGAUAGGUUUUGUUGCUGUUAUGGCAAUAGGAAAUACCGUGCAAUGCUUCAUAAGUAAUACGUAUUUGUACGAUAGACUGUACACGAUCAACAAGAAUAAUGUGUCUGGAUUGACAGCACGUCUGUUCGGUGUGUGGACUCUGUUGGCUGGAGGUUUACGUCUACUGUGUGCUUUACACAUUGAAAACAGAGUGCUGUAUCACACCACACUGUUUUCCUUUUUCCUGGCGCAGCUUCACUUUCUCUCUGAAGUGUUUGUCUACAAGACAGCAGCAUUCACUGCUGGCAUCAUAGCACCGGUGAUUGUUUCAAGUGUGUCGAUUCUGCUGAUGCUGAUAGGCUAUUGGUUCGUCGAAUGGAACGACCCACGUGCUGGGUACACUGAUGAAAACGAGCAGAUACUCAAGGGCUCCAAAAAGUCCAAAUAGAUUUAAUACCUCUAUAAAAAAAGUUUGCUCAUUUUUGUGCCAUUAACAAGAUUCUGUUGUGUGUUGUGAGUAUAAAUAUAUAAUUGGAUUGUAUUGAUGGUUUACCAAAAAUUGUGUGCAUGAUUUGGAAUGUGUAAGCUGCGUUUAUUAAAUUCUUAUCUUAUGAAAAUGAUGACAACCUGUCUGUAUGUUUUCACUAUCUUUCUAUCUUCUUUUGAGAGAAAUAAACUCUCGAGUUACUGGUGUGUGUGAACCCACGGAUGGCUGAAGGGCACCACUGGUAGGUCCUACUUCUUUAUCUUCUCUCUGUUGUUUCUGUCUGUCUGUCUGUCUGUCUGACUUUUACCCAACACUAAAUGACCAUCUAUUGUCACAAAUAUUGUGUUGAUGUGCUAAUCUUUACUCAAGCAAUGUGUGUGAAUCGCGACUGGGUUAGCUCAUUGAGCAUUGUUUCACUUGUUAGAAUGUGAUCAUAAUACUAUUCAACUCAAAUCACGUGUCAUAGUAUGGGGGGGGGGCAUUGCCGUGGUUUGGUCCUUGAGCUGUGACUGAAAAUUGGCAUCCAAAUUUGUAAACCUUAGUCCUUCUUUUGAAUAAAUAAUAACAUGACCAUUUUGGACAGCCGUGUGACUUGGAUGAUCUUUCUGAACAUGCACUGUUCGUUAUUGGUAAACAGAAAAGUUCUUUUAUUAUAUUAACCAUGAUUUGACAAAUGAAGAGGGUUGUUUCCUCACUGGUAGAGCAUACCUCAGACUACCGGUACACACAUUCUCUAAUUUUCUAAAAAUGUGUGCUUGGCAUGAGAUCUUGAGAAUUGUUUUUAAAGAAAUGUGUAACAUUGAUUUGUAAACAUGUUCAUGAGUACCAUUUAUAAAUGGGUCUGAAGCCCAGUGGCUCACUUAUUUCACUUGAAUUGUAAAUAAACACAACCUAAACAGA